AGACUACAUAUUUCAAUUAAAUAGUAAAUAAAAAAAUCAAGUUUUGAAUAAUUAUAUGACUCUUAAAACAUAUCUAAUUUUUGAUAAUAAAUUCGACCACUUCCCGAGCCGGAUGGAGCCGCGUUCUAUCAACGAUAACGAAAGAAUUUCGAGAUAAGAACUUUUCGAGAAAUAGAUAAGAAGUUUUCAAAGAAUAAUCUCUCCUCGGUUCUUUUUUUUUUAAUCUGGUCGAUUUUCCUCCUUCCGUGAAAAUCCACGGUUGCUGAAAACGUAAAAUAUGCCCGAAGCAUAAAAGAUCCCCUUAAACUAACGAGGCCACGAUGACGACGCAAAUCUCGUCCAUUAGCCCGUAAUUUCAGGAUGAAGGGAAAGUGAAAGGGCCCCAUAGAUAAUGGCCACGAUCCAUAAACGGCGAAACCCUUACAUUCCAAGUUGCUCUUCCUCAAAAUCAUCCUGUCAACUUGGCAUUCUUUUUAUCGUUAUACAUAAAUUUAUUUUUGGGGUUAUUUGUAAAUUUGACGUUUUAGUUGACGUCGAACUGUCAGUAGUUUCAAGUAAUUCGUUUAAUUUUUGAUUUGAAUCGUUAAAAUGAAGAAUCUUUCUAAGGGUAUUGUAAAAGUUUUUUGUAAGAGAUAGAACAUGAGUUAUGAAUAUAAAAUAAGGCAGGAUUUAAAAUACUAUUUAAGUUGCUUCUUUCUUGUGCAAAUUUUAAUGAAACAAAAAAUUUUUGUUACUAUAUAAAUAUAUUAUAAACAAAUUAAACCCAUGAGUAGAGUAUUAACACGGUCAAAUAUCAGUAUGAAUCCAAAAAUAACCGUCUAGACACAGCUGCAAAGAGGAGGAGUCGCGUACCGCGCUCUCGGAAAUGGGAUAUUUUUAAACCUGUGAUCAGCUGAGCCCGACAACAGCAACCAGCAGUAUGGUGUGUGCCGUAUCUCGAUGAUUCAUCUUACCGUAAUUGUCCAGACACCAAUAUCGGAAUUAAUCAACAAAAUUAAUUGAAAUUCACUUGACACCGUUUAGAUUUUUUUUCAAAUGUCUGUUAGUCGGAAUUCGUCGGCUCGGCCAAUGACGUCUAGCCAAAAAAGACAUUGGUCGACGUCAGUUUCUUUACAAGAAAACGACGAAAAAUUUGGUCGAUAUACUUUGAACACAAGUAUGUUGGUUGAUAAGGCGAAAAAGGGAAAAGUGGUGAAAGAAAUACAAUUUCCAGCGGAAAAUAUUGGUCUUUACGCGGUUAGGUUUAAUUCGGAUGCUAGUAAAAUUAUCGCAAGUUAUGGAACUGGAUCGAUUCAGGUAAUCGAUACCGAAUCAGAAAUACCAUUGUACAUUGUAAAACCGCCAACGAGUAAUUCUUAUCCGAUCGUUGCGAUACGUUGUUCAAAUUACGCGCCUAACGUUUUUUUCGCCGCUGGAAUUUGCGGCAACAUUUAUGCGUGUCAUUUCAAAGAAAAUUCUUUCAAGAUUCUUGCUCGAGAAAAGUCAAACGAAAUUAACGCCAUGGACAUUGACGAUCGCACGGAAUUGUUAGCAUCAGGAGGCAAAGAUGGUACAAUUAGGUUAUACGACACUCGAGUUGGAAAAUUAAUAUCAAAAUUACAAAAAUCGAAUCGCCUGACUGACUUGGACGCCAUCAACUUUCAUACGAGAAGAAUAUUUUCAAUCAAAUUUCAUCCAAAACGACAAAACAUAUUCUUAUCGGGCGGUUGGGAUGAUUGCGUAAAAAUUUGGGAUACUCGUAAUGCUAACGGUUGCGUUCGAAACAUUGAAGGACCUCAUAUUUGCGGAGAUGCCAUCGACGUUACCGACAGUCUCGUUCUUACUGGACAAUGGACGGCGGAAAAUGCAUUGCAACUUUGGGAUUUCGGAAGCGGAAAAUUAGUUUCAAACAUUGUUCCGACGAACAGGGUCCAAACGCUCGACGGCGAAUUUCUGUUCUGUUGUCAAUUUCUCAAAUGUGAAGCGUUAGACGAGUGCGUUGUCGCCGGAGGAAGUGGACAAUCUUAUUUGGAUAUUAUCAAUCUUAACGACGAACGAAUCCUUUAUAUGUUUAAAGUUAAUAAAUUAAUACAAACGUUGGAUAGUAGCAAUAAUGGAAAAAUUGUUUAUGGUGGGAUGGAUCAGUGCAUUCGAAUUGUUGAUUUUGAUGUUGAAGGCAGUAAUAUAUUUAUGUAGUAAGGGCAUCAAUAUGACAUUGAUUGGAUUUAAAUAUUAAAAUUCAACGAAUCUGAAGUAAAUCCGGCAGGAAAAGUUAAGGCUAGAAUUGAGCUCACAAUGCAAUAAAAUCCGAUUUUCAAAAUUGUUGUUGCAAAGAUUUUGUGCUAAAUAUCUCACAUAAUUCAUAACCGAGCAAAUCUAAAUAGUGAUUUAACCUUAUUGACUUCCACUGAUUCCAGCAUAACGGCAAAUUUACUAAAAUUUAUUAAUAAAAAUUAUAUUUUGAAACAAAAUUAGACUAACUGGUAACUGUUAAGUUAUCUUUCCUGGAUGUUUUGGUCAUUAGGAAGACAAAUGAGGGGCAUGGAACUGGAGUGUAUCGCAAGAAGACACACACGAACAGCUAUUUACAGGUUUCGUCCCACCACCAUCUACAACAGAAGAGUUCAGUGAUCCACGCCUUAUUCCAGCAAGCAGAAAGAUAUGCGGCGAAAAGAAUUUUUUGUACUCCAGAAGAAUGGCUAUACUUUGAGGGAUUCCAGCGUGGCACCAAACAGCGCAAGCAGAUGGAAGACAAGGUAAAUACUGCACUAGCCAGUUUUAUCUUAUGUUACAGGUGUAACGGAGCGGAUUGCAGGGUGUCUGAAGAAAAACAAUAUCGUGGUACGAUACGAUACGGUUAGCAAAAUUCGGAACACCCUUCCGAUAGCUAAAGACAAACUAAUCCCA